CAUUACCAAACUUCAUCCAUUCUACUAAGCACUUGAGAAUAGUGCCCAGCCUUGAGAGAAGUAUAAGGACGCCUGUUCCGGAACUACUUGUCUGGAAAGUUACCUCUAAGUAGACAGUGGAUAUAGCUUAACGAUACACGCAAUUUACAGGCAAAAUGGCCACCGAAACCAAUAACCAAGGCCUCAGCUACGGCGUCGGCAAGAUAAACGCUAAAGGUGCUUUCACUGCCGAAAUCAAGAUUGCUCCCCGUGUCGGACUUGAAGAUAUCUGGCAAGGUCAAUAUGCCGGCGCUCAAGUGAUGGGAAAGCGCCCAGGCAUGUACAUCAAGUACCUUCCUACGAAGUAUCACCCCGUCAACGGUGAUAUGCUCACGGGAGGAUGCUAUCUCUUCGACACGGUCGAGAAUGCCAAAGGCUUCGAGGACUGGACCACAAACGAAUUCGAAGUGGGCGAGCCAAAGGCGACCUAUUGGAAACAACCUUUGUUCAAGCACGUUGAUACUUUUGUUUGGAACGUCAUCGGUGCUCAUAACUUCACUCCAGUUGAAGAGCAUGGAAUCGGUCGUUUCCAGCGUUGGACUUACCAUCAUGUCGGUGUUGAGGCCAUCUUGAAGCAGCUGUAUCCUGUUCUCAAAGAUGCAGCUGAGAGAAGAGGAGCUGGCUCAUUUUGGCUGCUGCACCGGCCAGAGGAUAAGAUGAUCGCCGUUCAUAUGUCGUUCCCCAAGCCAGAAGAUGGUGAUCAUGACACCAUGCGCGAAGAGGUCGAGGAUAUUGCUCGUGAAGGUUCUGUGGCGGACGUAUUUCCCGAUGCUCUUGAGGCGGAAGUGCUGCUGGAUAGAACGAGCAUUUACUACGCUGUUUGGCAGCCUUUGGCGCAAGGAGAUGUUGUCAAGGUGACGAGCCCCAACUUUCCGGAUAUUGCAAAUGCAUCGAAUGGAGCAGCUUGAGUUCAUGUCGGCUUCAAAAUAGGAAGCGCAAGAAAU